AACUAUCUCCCGGCCCUAUAUAAGGUAGUUGGCAUUCCCAUCUCGAUAAGACUUGUGCAAUAUUGAACACUCUGUUUUGACUCUACAUAAUUUCAGAUUUUUUUUCACCCAAGGCAAUGGCAACUAAAGUUUAUAUUGUAUACUAUUCUAUGUAUGGACAUGUUGAGAAGCUUGCAGAAGAGAUCCACAAGGGAGCUUCAUCUGUGGAAGGAGUUGAGGCCACACUAUGGCAGGUGCCAGAAACACUGCCAGAGGAGGUUCUUGGAAAGAUGAGUGCAGCACCAAAGAGUAAUGUUCCUAUCAUUACCGCGGCUGAGCUUGCUGAGGCGGAUGGAUUGAUCUUUGGUUUUCCGACUAGAUUUGGAAUGAUGGCUGCCCAAUUCAAGGCUUUUCUUGAUUCUACUGGAGGUUUGUGGGGAGCUCAGAAAUUAGCCGGCAAACCUGCAGGUCUUUUUUGCAGCACUGGAUCUCAAGGAGGUGGUCAAGAAACAACUGCGUUGACAGCCAUCACUCAGCUUGUUCACCAUGGUAUGAUUUUUGUCCCUAUUGGCUACACUUUCGGAGCUGGUAUGUCUGAAAUGGAGAAUAUCAAAGGUGGGAGCCCUUACGGUGCUGGAACCUAUGCUGGAGAUGGUUCGCGACAGCCUUCUGAGCUUGAGCUUGCACAGGCUUUCCACCAGGGAAAGUACAUUGCUGGCAUCACAAAGAAGCUCAAGGGAACCGCUUGAUCAGCAUAAUACCUGAUUACUAGAGUGCAUUCAACAUAAAAUUUUACUUUUCCUGAAAAAGUCGAUUAUAUUUAAACAUUCUGCAGUCAUUUGAAUCUUUCAUAUUUACAUGAAUAUUGUUCUGAAAAUUAUUACUGUAAUACAAUUCAUAUGUUUGUCUGUUUA